CUUCUUGUGAGUGACACUCAUUUGGUAAACUCAAGUCUAGGUCCAACCAUGCAGCACAUCAGCUUUGCAGUAGUUUAUAUUGUAAUUUUUGGACUGUCAUCGUCCAACUUCUUGGACUGUCAUCUUCAAGAUACAGCUUACAGAGAGAUAAAACGUUUAUUUCCAUCGGAAUGGAAACGAGCAUCUAACCUUGGAGGCAGACUGAUGUGCCAAUUGGACAGUAGAAAUUGUGGAGGGUUUUUUGUUGGCAAGAAAUUUGUUGGAUAUUCCAUGUUCGACAACAACUAUGGCAAAAUGAGAAAAAAUAGUAAAACUGAAUCGAAAAUAGACAAUUAUGAAGAUGUACCAUACGACUCAAGCAAUUACGUAAAAUGGCGUCAUUGAACAAAAACAUAUCAUCAAAAUGUUACUUGUUGAUAUUAUAGAUGAACUUUAUUGUUUA